CAAAGGAGAAGUCGACAAAUUGGCGGGACCUCUGCAUCGCCGUAUGGUGACGAGCGGGGAGUGGGAUCGUAUCAACCGGAAGUUGAAGCGCCUCCUGGACGAAAGCGGUUGGACUGAUGAAACAAGAGAUAGAGCAAUUGGUAUCCCGGCCAAACUGGACAAUACACUUCUCUCAUCUAAUCAAUUAAUACCAGAGGAAUACAAGCGCUCUCCUAAUCUCAAGAUACGGGCCUUGGAGUCUGCCGUAACUCCCCAAAGCAUUUCAAGCGUGCCAAUAGAGGUCAAAAAAGAAAUCAUGGAAGAGAUACGACAAUUCGUUGAAGAAAAUCUUGAACGACCAUGACUGUCACCAUAUACCAGAUUGUGCUGACACGGCGGGGAUAACAGUGUGGUAUAUGAUUGUAUAUGCAAACUACACUUUGUACUUUUUCCCCGUAGUGGUAAAGAAUGUUUGCAGGACAUAUAUCUGAAU